AUUAUUCAAAUUCGGCGCAGUCACUCUCCGUUCUGCGACUUUUUCUCUUUUAUUACCGCAAAGGGCACACAUCUGUACCAAGUGCUAGGCGUCGACAAGAAAGCUACUCCUGAAGACAUCAAAAGGGCAUAUCGGAAGUUGGCUCUCAAAUAUCAUCCGGACAAAAAUCUAGAUGGAGACCCCGAAAAAACGGAGAUUUUCAAAGAAAUCAACUAUGCUCAUGCUGUGCUCUCGAAUCCGAAAAAGCGGCAGGUUUAUGAUGAAAUGGGAGAUGCUGGAUUGAAAUUGUUAGAACAGUUUGGAGAAGACGAAACAGUACUACACUGGUUGUUGAAGCCAUGGUUCAAGUGGGUGUUCUUCGGAUUUGGCUUGCUCACUUGUGGUUUCUUCUGCUGUUGCUGCGGUUGUUUAUGCUGUUGUAAAUGUUGCUGUAAUUUCUGCUGUGGAAAGUAUGAACCGAAAGUUCCAGAAGUAGGUCAAAAAAGUUUUUUUAUUUUUGAUUACCCAAAAAGGGAACGUUGA